CACCCCACUAAAAAUGUUGGCUGCACAGAGCAGCCCCCAGAGGCUCAGAGCCUGCCUGCACCUGCUCAGGACAGCAGUGCAGAGGAAGACCCAGGCGACAAGUCCCAUCACAGGGUACAUACCUGUUGGACCAUAAGCUACUAUGAUUUUGUAUUUGUACAUACCUAAUAUAACCAACUCUCUUGUUGAUACUGGUUUCUUUAAUGUUGGAUAAAACACCAACUAAUGUUUCCUUCCCGUCUUGUCCGUCAGGGUGUUGUUCAGGUAGAGGAGGGCUGGGGGUACCAGUAUGUCCAGUACCUAUCUGAAGAGGUGGUGCUGCCAGAGGGAGAGGAGGUGGAUACACAGCAGCAGGGCCUAGCAGAGGGGGAGGUGGUGGAGACUCCAGGCACAGAGGUGGAGGACAAGGAGCAUGUCAAGGUAUUCAUUUGGUUUAUUUGGAUCCCCAUUUAGCUGUUACUAUUGCAACCUACUGCUCCUGGGGUCCACAAGGUACUGCAAUGAUGAAUCCUAACAACUAGGCCUGAAAAACGACUCCACCCUGGCUUACUUACUGGAUGUGAAGCAGAUGUCUCUCUCUUUAGUAUAAGAGCAGAUUGAGACUAGGAUACUGUCCAUCAGACCUAUUGAUCAAACAUAUUGAUUGUUCCUGAAAUAUUUUUAGCAUAAAAGGUUGUACCACUCAUAAGGCAGGUGGGUGGUUGUUGUGGGCCAUCAAUACUAAGUUCUGUGUUUUAAUGACAGUGCAGUGAUUAUGUUUUCCAGACGUUGGACCUGGAGGAUUCUGUAGCAGAGAAGGAGCCAGAGACCGCAGAACCAGAGGCCGGUACAGAUGCUGAGCAGCCACCUCCAGAGGCCAUUGUCACCCAAGGGCAGCAGCCAACCCCCACCUCUGACCUGUCCCCUCCACCCUCUGCCCCUGCUUUCAAUCCCAUCCCUGAAGAGCCGUCCAGCACCCCUAGCUCAUCCUCUAGUGUACCAGAGGAAACUGUGUCUGAUGUCCCUGUGUCAUACUCCAGCGAUGCUGAUCUGGCCAUAGAUGACUGUGAAGCUGGAGAAACCAUCCCCUUUGACAGCACCCUCACCAGGUCAGUGUAACGGAGGUGCUCCCGUGGUGAGUAACCUUACCUGAGGACUGAACUUGUGUUAGCUCCCAGAGAGCUAAUGGCUAGGCUUAAAUCAGCAGGCUAAGACAGUCAAGUGGUGCGCAGGUUCGAACCCAGUUGUUUUACCCAGUGUUUGAAUGUAGGCUCUCUUUCUAUUGUCCCCCUAUGUAGUCUUCCUGUUGUGCUGGAGAACACAUCCAAUGCCCUGGGAAAGGGCACCAAGACCGACAUAGUCCCCCCUCUGGCCCAGGCAGGUCAGGCCUCAGUGGGGCUGGCUCAGGGGGCCAACACAUCCCACAUGCUCAACGAACAGGUAGAGAAACACCAACAUUUGUUGCAUAGCAAUAAUGUUUUCUGAUGCUGAUAGUCCCAGAAGUACAACCUCCAAGCUUAAUCAUGCCGACCUCAAAUGAAAGUAUUUGACACAUAGACAGUAUGUAUUUGACCAAGGUCUGAUGCUUGUCUGUUGACUGCUAUUCUUAGGACUUGAGCUCACACGUCACCACAGAGACAGAUCCCAGCGUGGCAACCAAGGAUCCGGAGGACAACCCCACCUUUGACGAGUGGAGGAAGAAAAUGAUGGAGGUGGAGAAAGAGAAGAGUAAGAUAGAUCGUGUUCCUGGCCCGUCUCAGUCAGUCACUCACUAGUUUUGAUUUAAAACUAUCUCUCUUCGUAGCUCAGGCCACUCAUACCUCCACCAAUGGCGGCUCCCACGCUGUAAAGAAGGUGCAGAAGAACUUCAACAACUAUGCAUCGGUGGAGUGUGGGGCAAAGAUCCUGGGUUCUAACCCAGAGGCUAAGGUAUCUAUUUCAAAUUGUCACCCUCCAAACCUAUCUAUAUAUUAUUUUUUUAUCGCUAGCUUUGCAGAUUUUGAUGGAAGGAUCUUUUCUCUCAGAGCACUUCAGCCAUAUUAAUGGAGAGCAUGGAUCAUUACAUGUUAAAUCCCUGCAGCAACAAGAUCUGGUGAGUGUGUGUGUCUAGAUCCCUGUGUGUUGCUGCUCUAAGAGUUAAUGUGUACAUGUGUUUCUGUUUCCAAAAAUGUCUUCUGUCCUUGUCCUUAUACUUCCUCUAAAACCUCCCUGUUCCUUUUUCCCUUUAUAACUACAGGUAGAACAGAAUCCACUUCUCCACUCACCACCUACGGUAUCCUCAUCCCUCAUCAUCCUCUCUCUCUUUCUCUCUUUCUCUCUCUCUUUUUCUUUCUCUCUUUCUGUCUUUCUUACUCUUUCUUUCUUUCUUUCUCUCUCUUUCUCUCUCUUUCUCUCUCUCUUUUUCUUUCUUUCUUUUUUUCUUUCUUUCUUUCUUUCUUCUUCAGGUUCAUCAUCGAGCUGUGUGAUCCCAUCCAGGUGAAGCAGUUGGACAUCGCUAAUUUUGAGCUCUUCUCUUCCACACCCAAAGAGUUCUUGGUCUCCAUCAGUGACAGGUUUGAUCUGAGUCAUGUUCAUUAAAGCUGGUGUCCUUAAUUGGUGAAACUGGCACGUCCAUUUGGGAUAUUACAACAACAAAGAAGUUACUGCAAAUAACAAACACUGUUUUUUCCCUAUUGAACAUCAUUGCAUGUGCGAUAGAACAGCAGAAUAUGUAUGGCACAUUUUUUUUACCACGCUACCAGAGGCUCCUCUCCUCCGUUUCUCAGUUUCAACAACAAAACAAAAACAUUAACAUUUUAAACUGCUUAGAAUCUGAAACGAAAAUGAGUGCUGUUUUUUGACCAGAUAUUCUCUCCCUGUAUUAGUCAGUUUUCUUCUUUUUGGUGCCUAAUGAACAUGACCCCAAUGGGAAUGUCUCGUUUUGAUAUCUUUUAAUCUGUCAUUUGAUGCUGAACAUCAUAAAUGCUACAAACAGAAACAGUCACUACUACUGCACUAAGGAUAGAUCAAUAGGUUGAAUGAUGUUGGAUAAUGCUCCGUCAGGUACCCGACCAACAAGUGGGUGAAGCUGGGCACUUUUCAUGCUCGGGACGAGCGCACUGUUCAGAGUUUCCCUCUGGAUGAGCAUCUGUAUGCCAAAUAUGUCAAGGUGUGUAUGGCAUCCUCCUGUUCCUUCUCUUCUCUACUCCCUCCUCUAGUCCCACUCUACUCAAUCAGGUUUCUCUUGGGAAAGAGGUACUCUGAAUGGGACUUCUUAUCUAAAUAAAAAUAAUAGAUAAUCAAUACUAGAUUAUCCCCCACUUAACUCAAAUCCUGCAGGCCUGUGUGUGUAUGCUGGUCCUCUCAUUCUAGAGUAAUGUGUUACAAUGAUACAACGGGUUGGUCUAAUCCUGAAGGCUGAUUUGGUUAAAACCGCAUUCCAGCCGGUGUCUAUUCCACAAGUUACCACAGGCUAAAUCUAUGACGUUAAAAUGCCUAUUUACUCUGUUCCAUCUGACUGCGCAAUCCACUGUCUUAUCCGCCUAGCCAGGCAAUUUAUUAACUUGAUCUCCACUAUAAAAAGCAUCUAGACAUUAUCUCACAUUUCUUUUAGACUAACAUUUAGUUUUCAACAGCGGAGAUUUGUAUAAACCUUGCUGUUUUUCUCAUCGUUAAUCUGAUGCUUCUGUACCUCUUCUCUGAGGACUGAAGCAGGAACCAGCAUUCAUACACUGGUCCUGUUUUAAAUGCAUGUGUGCAUGUUCUUGUAAUUAUUUGUUUCUCUUCUCUUGUUUCUCCUGCUUCAGAUGUUCACCAAGUACAUAAAGGUUAGCCCAUUUCUCUCUUAGAUGUGGUCGGUCUGUGGAGGAGCAGGUAGAUAGAUGCUAACAGAAGGAUAAGCUUGCUAACUGAUCAGCGCUAGGUUACUGCAGUCCAGGUAGCACAGAAUCUAUACAAUCUGGUCCAAGCCAAUCAAAAUAUAUUUGUAAUUAUUAUCAUUCAUCUAGUUAUGUCACUCCAUAUCAUUUUUACUGUAGAGAAGCUUAUUCUUCAGGGCAAGGUGGUUUGAUCACAGCUUCAAAGUGCGCUAGCUUGUCACUGGCCACCCAGAAAAGCAUCAACGUUAACAACUUACUUCUGGAAUUUGACUAUUUGUCCCACGAUUUCAUUGACAAUUUGACCACCGGCCAAAUCCCACCAUGCGCUGAUGCCUCUCUCCUGGAUGUAAAUGAUGUCUGUGUUUCAUCGCAGCUGGAGCUGGUCUCUCACCAUGGAUCUGAACACUUCUGCCCUCUCAGUCUCAUAAGGUAGGCAAUGAAUAGAAAAACACUGAGUUCAUGGAACGUCUUAAAGGUAAUUGGGGAAAUCACAGGUAAUAUAAAGAUAAUGUAUAGCUAGCUGUAAUAAGCAUCAAUUUACCGAAUCCACAGGUAUUGUACAGUCAUAUUUGUUAAUGGAUUACCAGCAAGCUGAAGGUAGUGGGGAGGGUGUUAAGUCAUAGAGUACGAGUGGUAAAAAUGUAACCCUCAUAAACCAGUUGGUAAGGCUGAGCCGAGGGGACUGUUAAAUCUGGAACUGCUAGUCUAGUGCUGUUAUACUUGGCUGUCUCCAACGCCAUAGAAAUAAGCUGCUUUUUUCAGGGGCACUGGGGUGCAGCUCUGGCAGUCAGUUUGCAGAACAUUUUGUCUUCAAAAAAGUACAGCCAACCAAUCCCCUAAAUAGUUUUUCUCCUAUAGAGGCAUGAAUGGUUGUAAAAUUAUACAGUGCCUUGCACAAGUAUUCAUCCCCCUUGACCUUUUGCCUGUUUUGUUGCAUUACAACCUGUAAUUUAAAUGGAAUUUUAUUUGGAUUUCAUGAAAUGGGCAUACACAGAAUAGUCCAAAUUGGUGAAGUGAAAAGAAUAACUUGUUAAAAAAAUUCAAAAAAAUAAAUAACGGAAAAGUGGUGCGUACAUACAGUGGGGAGAACAAGUAUUUGAUACACUGCCGAUUUUGCAGGUUUUCCUACUUACAAAGCAUAUAGAGGUCUGUAAUUUUUAUCAUAGGUACACUUCAACUGUGAGAGACGGAAUCUAAAACAAAAAUCCAGAAAAUCACAUUGUAUGAUUUUUAAGUAAUUAAUUUGCAUUUUAUUGCAUGACAUAAGUAUUUGAUCACCUACCAACCAGUAAGAAUUCCGGCUCUCACAGACCUGUUAGUUUUUCUUUAAGAAGCCCUCCUGUUCUCCACUCAUUACCUGUAUUAACUGCACCUGUUUGAACUUGUUACCUGUAUAAAAGACACCUGUCCACACACUCAAUCAAACAGACUCCAACCUCUCCACAAUGGCCAAGACCAGAGAGCAGUGUAAGGACAUCAGGGAUAAAAUGGUAGACCUGCACAAGGCUGGGAUGGGCUACAGGACAAUAGGCAAGCAGCUUGGUGAGAAGGCAACAACUGUUGGCGCAAUUAUUAGAAAAUGGAAGAAGUUCAAGAUGACGGUCAAUCACCCUCGGUCUGGGGCUCCAUGCAAGAUCUCACCUUGUGGGGCAUCAAUGGUCAUGAGGAAGGUGAGGGAUCAGCCCAGAACUACACGGCAGGACCUGGUCAAUGACCUGAAGAGAGUUGGGACCACAGUCUCAAAGAAAACCAUUAGUAACACACUACGCCGUCAUGGAUUAAAAUCCUGCAGCGCACCCAAGGUCCCCCUGCUCAAGCCAGCGCAUGUCCAGGCCCGUCUGAAGUUUGCCAAUGACCACCUGGAUGAUCCAGAGGAGGAAUGGGAGAAGGUCAUGUGGUCUGAUGAGACAAAAAUAGAGCUUUUUGGUCUAAACUCCACUCGCCAUGUUUGGAGGAAGAAGAAGGAUGAGUACAACCCCAAGAACACCAUCCCAACCGUGAAGCAUGGAGGUGGAAACAUCAUUCUUUGGGGAUGCUUUUCUACAAAGGGGACAGGACGACUGCACCGUAUUGAGGGGAGGAUGGAUGGGGCCAUGUAUCGCGAGAUCUUGGCCAACAACCUCCUUCCCUCAGUAAGAGCAUUGAAGAUGGGUCGUGGCUGGGUCUUCCAGCAUGACAACGACCCGAAACACACAGCCAGGGCAACUAAGGAGUGGCUCCGUAAGAAGCAUCUCAAGGUCCUGGAGUGGCCUAGCCAGUCUCCAGACCUGAACCCAAUAGAAAAUCUUUGGAGGGAGCUGAAAGUCCGUAUUGCCCAGCGACAGCCCCGAAACCUGAAGGAUCUGGAGAAGGUCUGUAUGGAGGAGUGGGCCAAAAUCCCUGCUGCAGUGUGUGCAAACCUGGUCAAGACCUACAGGAAACGUAUGAUCUCUGUAAUUGCAAACAAAGGUUUCUGUACCAAAUAUUAAGUCCUGCUUUUCUGAUGUAUCAAAUACUUAUGUCAUGCAAUAAAAUGCAAAUGAAUUACUUAAAAAUCAUACAAUGUGAUUUUCUGGAUUUUUGUUUUAGAUUCCGUCUCUCACAGUUGAAGUGUACCUAUGAUAAAAAUUACAGACCUCUAUAUGCUUUGUAAGUAGGAAAACCUGCAAAAUCGGCAGUGUAUCAAAUACUUGUUCUCCCCACUGUAUGUAUUCACCCCCUUUGCUAUGAAGCCCCUAAAUAAGAUCUGGUGCAACCAAUUACCUUCAGAAGUCACAUAAUUAGUUAAAUAAAGUCCACCUGUGUGCAAUCUAAGUGUCACAUGAUCUGUCACAUUAUCUCAGUAUAUAUACACCUGUUCUGAAAGGCCCCAGAGUCUGCAACACCACCAAGCAAGCGGCACCAUGAAGACCAAGGAGCUCUCCAAACAGGUCAGGGACAAAGUUGUGGAGAAGUACAGAUCAGGGUUGGGUUAUAAAAAAAAAUAUCUGAAACUUUGAACAUCCCACGGAACACCAUUUUAAAUCCAUUAUUAAAAAAUUGAAAGAAUAAGGCACCACAACAAACCUGCAAGAGAGGGCCGCCCACCAAAACUCACGGACCAGGCAAGGAGGGCAUUAAUCAGAGAGGCAACAAAGAGACCAAAGAUAACCCUGAAGGAGCUGCAAAGCGCCACAGCGGUUUUGGAGUAUCUGUCCAUACGACCACUUUAAGCCGUACACUCCACAGAGCUGGGCUUUACAGAAGAGUGGCCAGAAAAAAGCCAUUGCUUAAAGAAAAAAAAAGCAAACAUGUUUGCAUGUGGGAGACUCCCCAAACAUAUGGAAGAAGGUACUCUGGUCAGAUGAGACUAAAAUUGAGCUUUUUGUCCAUCAAGGAAAGCGCUAUGUCUAGCGCAAACUCAUCACCCUGAGAACAACAGUGAAGCAGGGUGGUGGCAGCAUCGUGCUGUGGGGAUGUUUUUCACCGGCAGGGACUGGGAAACUGGUCAGAAUUGAUGGAAUGAUGGAUGGCGCUAAAUACAGGGAAAUUGUUGAGGGAAACCUGUUUCAGUCUUCCAGAGAUUUGAGACUGUGACGGAGGUUCACCUUCCAGCUAGACAAUGACUCUAAGCAUACUGCUAAAGCAACACUCGAGUGGUUUAAUGGGAAACAUUUAAAUGUCUUGGAAUGGCCUAGUCAAAGCCCAGACCUCAAUCCAAUUGAGAAUCUGUGGUAUGACUUAAAGAUUGCUGUACACCAACGGAACCCAUCCAACUUGAAGGAGCUGGAGCAGUUUUACCCUGAAGAAUGGGAAAAAAUCCCAGUGGCUAGAUGUGCCAAGCUUAUAGAGACAUACCCCAAGAGACUUGCUGCUGUAAUUGCUGCAAACGGUGGCUCUACAAAGUAUUGACUUUGAGGGGGUGAAUAGUUAUGCACGCUAAAGUUUUCUGUUUUUUUGUCUUAUUUCUUGUUUGAUUCACAAGAAAAAAUAUUGUGCAUCUUCAAAGUGGUAGGCAUGUUGUGUAAAUCAAAUGAUAGAAACCCCCCCCCCCCCCCCCCCAAAAAAAAAAUAUAAAAAUAAUAAUCAAUUUUAAUUCCAGGUUGUAAGGCCACAAAAUAGGAAAAAUGUGAAGGGGGGUGAAUACUUUGCCAUACUUUGAAUACUUUGUGAAUACUUACCACUGUAUAUAAUAAAAAAAUGACAACUAGAAAAUAAUAUACCAAAGCCAAUCCCCCUUGAUAAUGACUACAUUGACAUUUUAGUCAUUUAGCAGACGCUCUUAUUCAGAGCGACUUACAGUUAGUGCAUUCAUCUUAAGGUAGCUAGGUGAGACAACCAUAUAUCAGUCAUAGUAAGUACUGUGGGAUUUGUAGUAUUUCCAAGUCCCAGUUGGAUGGUAGAUACCCUAGUUGAAACCUUUUCCUUUAGGAUUCUUAUAAUAGCCUUAACUAUUAUUCGGCCUACUUGGUGUGUUAUUACUGGGCUACUGGUGUAUCUCUGUCUUCCCUCUGGUGGCUGCUAGAGAGUAUAACAGCUCUUCACCAAUGUGGCCACCAUUCAAUGUAGGCCAUUCUUUGGCAAUCCUCAAUCUCAUUCAAAAACACAACUAUGUGAGAUGGCUUAGAGCUGUUUCUCUCCACUCUUUUGAAGGGUGUUUGGAACGAGUAUGGUGGAGGAGUAUGAGGAGAUCGCUGACCCCCUCGACAGACCAGACGACCAGGAUGACGACCUCGGUGAGAGGAGAGCCUCUUAUUCUACAGUAGCUUGAAUACUUGUCAAUCAUAAGCAGCAGGACAGUGAAUGUUCAAUAAGAUAUGACACAUUUGUCAAUGGUCAUUUAUGUUGUUACAUGUACACAACAACAUUUUCACUUUGAGGAGACUGGAUGUCAUAUAAUGUGAACAUCGAAAGUCCUGAAGCGACUAUACUGCAGGUUUAUAUGUACAUUUUACCUCAACUUUGAACUGUUUGGAUGAUUGAUGUUGGUAAGUGUAAUGUUAUCUCUCUGCUUUGUGACCCUCAGAUUAUCCUCCUGGAUAUGUUCCUGUAGAGGACGAGGCUUCAAAUGACCUCAUAGGAUCAGCCAAGGGUGAGUUACCCACAUGUACAGCCAGCUAAAUAUCCUGUUACACCAGUCACACAAAUAUGGUAUCAAUAUUGAAAGAAUGUGCUGUGUCAUACUUGAGUCGCUAUCCCUUUGUGAAGCCAAUGUGGAGAUGGAUUCAGUGACAGGGACAAGUAUUCACUCAUGGGCUGUCUUGUUGUUCCAGAUGUCAUUCUGAACAUGGUGAACAACAUUAAAGUCAACGUGCUGGGAGGAGGACCAGGGGAAGGGAACUUCUCAAGCCAGGCAGUGAACAUGACUACCAGUAAAUCAUCUGACCCUGACACCACCUCCACCGUCAGCCCAGUGUAAGUACCAGCCAACCAAUCACUUCUUCACCUAGUCUUUUAUUUUAUCUAGAUUUACAGUCAUGUCACACAUCUUGUCAUUUAAAACAUUUUUUUUAAGCAAUGACAUUUACCAGGGUAUAUUAGAGGUAACAUUGUCAUUAGUAAGACUUUUUUAUUUUCUCUUGCAUUUUUCUGUCUAGCAUGUACCGUGCUUGGAUGUGCAUAAUUAGUCUUCUUUUGCAGCUGUGGUAGCUUACAUCCCUGUCUCUCUGUUCCAGGCCUGACACUGUAGAGGUGGAACAGUCUGAGGUACCAGAAGACCCUGAUGUCACUACCACAGAGGACCCCACACCAGAGCCCCCUACUCCAGACACCCCUGUCACAGAGGAACCCAAACUAGAGAAUCUAACUGGGGAGGAGCAGGUCGUGACUCCUAUAGAGAAAGAGGAGGUCCAGUCCAUAGUUACCAUGCUGGAGGAGGUAGAAGAAGAGGAGGAGAAGGAAGAGGAAGGGAGGGAUAGAGAGGUGCACCAUUGCCCUGGCCUCCGACAGCAAGAAAGCCUUGGCUACUGUGGCCUGUCUUCCUCCUCUUCUUGCUCCUGCUCAGCCUCCUUCCAGGAGUACUACCUCCACCAGUGUUCCGUUCAGAGGAACUGCACCAGCCAGGAGAGGGAGCCAGAGGCACCCCCAGCCCCAGGAACCACCACCACCCCGUCACAGCAGCUCUCCAUCUCCCCCACGGCCACCCAUACCCCACAGCAGCCCCACACUCAGGGGGAACAGCCUCAGGAGAGAGAGCCCAGCUCUGCCCUGGGGGAGAGGAGAGCAAGUCCCACUGACGCCCCACCACACCUUCCAUGGGUUGAGACGGAGGCAGUGGGAGAGAGAGAGCCCAGCACGGAGCUGCCCCACCUGGAGCCCAGCCAGACCUCCACCCUGCCCAGCUCCACCGCCAGCUCUGCCACCAGGCCCACCCCUACCGUGGAGCCUCCACACCAGGCCUCCUCGAAAGACCUGCCCGGGCAGGAGCACCCCGCCACUGGGACAGAGAAGAGCCGGGAGGUGCAGCAGGAGGAGAACAGGCAGCCUUCUCCUACUGUCGCCACCUCCAGCCCCAUUGGUCCAGUAGAGCAGAGUUGUGGAGCCCCUGUAGAGGAGAGGCCCUGUCCGGAGGUCCAGCCUGCAAAACAAGACAACAUCCCAGUCAUCUACACCCAACAUGUGGCCGAUCCACUCCCCCAUUCCCUCGCCACUGUCUCCACCCCCACAGAGCAGCAGCAGCCUCCUGUCCCCACGGCUGAAAAAGAGAGUGCUGCUUGCAGUGGCAACACUACUCCUGAGGAGUCCCGUUCUGUCCCCGUCGUGGUUAUGACAGAACCCCCCUCGCAUGGCCAGGGCCAGGCUGUCGCCACGGAAACCAAGGGGGAAGCAGAGCUUGUGGAAGACAUCCUCUUCACCUCGUCACCCAAUGGCAAUGUGCAGCAGCUGCCUCGCCCCUCCUCCCCCUCUCCCUCCCCCUCAGACUUCUACGCAGAGCUCCACAAACCCAUGGAACAGGGGAACGGGAACCCGAUGCACGGCUCCACCAGCCAGAAGGAGUCUGUGUUCAUGAGGCUCAACAACCGCAUCAAGGCCCUGGAGAUGAACAUGUCGCUGAGCGGACGCUACUUGGAGCAGCUCAGCCAGAGGUAUGGGCCCUCGGGGGUUGAUGGAUCGUACUAAGCAUUGUGCGUCAUCCAGUUAGUCUUAGUUAACUGUCCAAUGUCAGACAGUGAAAUGCUGUUGAAAUAACCAGUGCUUUCAAUUCCAUUUCAACACAGUCAGUCCGUUGAAGGUUUAGAUGGUGAUGUUUUGUCAUUGUAUUGAAGGUACCGAAGGCAGAUGGAAGAGAUGCAGAGGGCUUUCAACAAAACCAUCAUCAAACUGCAGAACACAUCCAGGGUAGCAGAGGAGCAGGUGGGGAGUGGAGGGAGACCUUCAAUGUGUUUGUGUAGAAUGUUACGUACUACGUAGCCUAUCUUAAGAUGGAGUCUCACACCGUUUUGGCCUUUUGAAUAAUGAGAAUGUCAAGGCUGUCAUGUGAAAGGCUCUGGUUGGAUGUUAAUCACUCACAAUCAAAGGCAAGCUGUGAUUGGCAAUGUAUGGGAAAGUGGCUUGUGAGAGUGUUUGUGAUUGGCCAGCUCAUUAGUUUCCUGUCUCCCUAUAGGACCAAAGACAGACGGAGUCCAUCCAGUCGUUGCAGGUCCAGCUGGAGGUUGUCACACAGCUGGUGCUCAACCUGUCUGUCGGAGUCAGCCAGCUGCAGAGCCAGGUAGAUACUGCAUACUUACCUACCCUAUUGAAUACAGCAGGGUUGAGGUCAAUUACAUUUCAAUUCAGUCAAUGCUGUAAGUGAAACGAGUCCUAUUCGUCAUUGCUUUUCAACAAGGAAGUUUGGCCUCCUGAAUUGACAUGGAAUUGGUCCCAACCCUAGAAUGCAGCAGUAUUCAAAUGAAUUGUAUAUUUCUUUAAACUCUUUACCAACCCACACCACAUGGCUGCACUGUGUUAACGUUGCUCUGCCUAUGUUGUAGGUGUCUGAAAGGCAGAGCUACCUCCUGCUGUGCCUGGUGUUGUGUUUGUUCCUGGGCCUGCUGCUGUGUGCCCAGCACUGUCGCAUGUCUGCCAUGGAGCCUCCCUCCACAGACCCAGAGCCUCCUAUACCCAAGAGCUACAGCUACUGCUGCCCAGAGAGGUAACUACACACAUCCUCUCCUUCUGCCCCACUAGGGGGAACACCGUUGGUUGUGCUUCUGUACUGCUUAUGAAUGUGUUAUGCAUGGGUUAGGAAUGUGUUAUGAAGUCCUUUACAUAGGUACCCUUAAAUUUGAGUUACCACAUUCCAUCCAAGGGACAGACACCACACACUCAACUGUACAAAACAGGAUGCUGUUUUUAAGUCUUGUCCUAGUCUAACUAACACAUCUCCUCCUCUCAGGCGUUUCUCUGAAUAUGAAGACAUGAGCUUGAAGAGACUAGUGUCAUAUCCUCUCCUGCACUCAGGCUCCUUCCAGUUACCCACCACUGAAGGCAAGUUUACCUAUGACUAUGUUGUGUGUGUGUGUGUGUGUGUAGUGUACUCCCUUGUGAUUCCUAAUUCUAAGGUUUGUUGCUGAUGAAUAUAUAAACAUAACUUGACUUUGGGUGUUGAUAUUUUGAUAUUUAUGAUCGGUUUUGUUUUGCUGAUUUAUAAUAUAGCUUCAACAGUUUUUUUUAUGUAAUUAAUUUGUUUUCCUCCUUGUGCUCGCAGGUCCAGAGUCACCGCAUACUGUUGAAACACUGAGUUUUCUACCAGCUAAUAAAAAGGUAUGGAUGGAAUAGUGUCCCUAUCUCAAGGAAAGUCUCUCUCUCAUACUCUUAGAGUAUAAUUGUUUUAUGAACAUCAUCUCUCAUCGCCAACCUCAACAAAUAAAAUCUCUGUCCCCAACUCUUCUCCCUCAGCAGAAGAAACGCAGUAAGAUGAAGGCUGUGGAAACCCUUAAAUGCACUACUCUCUGCGCUCCUCUGCCUGCUAACGGAGCACCCGUAUGUAAUGGCGGUGCUCCUCGUGGCACCACAGACCCUACACCCCGCAUGGGGCGUCUCAGCCACCACGCCUUCAUGGACCCCCCCUCUGAGUGCAGCUCAGAGAGCUCCUCCCAGUCUGACGAGCCCUCCUUAUGCGGCCUUGCCGCCACCACCUGCACGCGCCUCUGUGACGGCCUGCACCCACCCAGGAGCAGGGCAGAGAAGCGAGCGUUCAAGCAGCAUCGCUCCAAGCCUGGGUGCGUGGUGGUGGAUCUCCUGCAGGCCCCGCGGAGAGAUGCUACACCCACCAUCCCCACUCUGCAGGACCUCAUGGGAGGAGGAAAGGAGCUGUCUGCAGGGAUGCUGGGAGUGACGGCGCUC